AUAUAAGAUUAAGAUAAGAUACAAUUUAAAAACCCAAGCCUAGCUAUGUUAUUUUGACUCAUAGAUCUAGAUCAAGGUAAUUUCCGCUUUUAGCUAGAAUCUAUACUUGAUCAAAGUGCUAGACUAGAUUAGAAAGAUGAAUAUUUCCAAGUUAGAUGACUUGGAACUUUUAAUAAACUCUCUCACUGACACAUUUACAAAAUAUUUGUUACCAGGAGCCAUUCAGAAUAGAAUCCCAAUUCUUGAUGGCAGAUUAAAAGCCAUUUUGGAAGAUGAACAUCAGUCAAGAAAAUCCAAAAUUGAAGGCCUAUUGGAAUGGAUACUAGAUGACAAAAAUGCUGUUUGGAUCUUUGCUAAUGUUUUAUGGGACUUAGCACAAACUUCUGAUGGAUCUCUGUACAUAACAUCAGGAAUUGAAACAAAUGUAGUGAUAGAUGUAAAUGAAGGUAUCUAUCGAUUACUCCAAAUGGUAAAUGGAAGCUCAGAUGAAAUAUCUAAAGAACAUUGGGGUGCAAUAAUAGAUGAAAUAUAUGAUAAUAAAAUAAUUCCACAGGUGGACUGUGAAAGGUGCAAGAAUGAGUUAAAAGGCUCUGAAAUUUGUUUGCAAAUGAUUCGAUCAAUAAGACGUCAAAAGCCUGACUGGCCACUUGUGUUUCUUAGGGCUCUGAAAAAAAGAUGCCCAAACAUUUUUACUCCAAAUAUAAUCAUAUCAACAAAAUUGCCAGAAGAAACUCCAAAAAUUGAUGCAAUAAGUGAAAUUCAAUGGCAAGAUGAUAACAAUCGAAACAGUCUUGCUUCUGAUACUUUUAUGUUUUCACCUUUUUCUGAAAUAAGUGACUCCAGUUUUUUACCAAUAAAUGAAAAUGAGAGGCCAUCUUCUACAUAUGUGAAAAUAAAUCUUCAAGAAGAUAAAAAUGCUGAAACAUGGAGUCAACUGAAAGAUAUGGGUCUGAUUGAUAAUAAAUACUUUACAACAGAGACACAAGUUAAACAAUCAAUUACAACUCAGACAUCAGGUGAAACAUUUUUUUCUGAUGAAAGUGACAGUGAAAAAGAGGAAGAAAAAGAAUCUCCAAAACUUAGUUUAAGGAAAUAUCAGGAAGAACUAGCUGUCAAUGCAUUGAAAGGAAGGAAUACAAUCAUUUGUGCUCCUACAGGAUCAGGCAAAACUAGAGUUGCCACUCACAUAAUAUUGGAACACUUGCAACAACAAAAAGAUAAUGAACCCAAGAGGAAAGUUGCUUUCUUUGCAAGAACUGUUCCUUUGGUCAUGCAACAAUUUAAAAGUUUAAAGAAAUAUUUACCUCAACCAUUCCAAGUAACCAAUUUGACUGGUGACAGUGAGGACAGUAUGCAUCUCCACAUGAUGUUGCCAGACAAUGAUGUCAUUGUCAUGACCCCUAGGAUAUUAGAGAAUCAUUUUAAAAGAAAAUGCUUGCCUCAUUUGGGUGUGUUCUCUAUGCUGGUCUUUGAUGAGUGUCAUCAUACACGCAAAGGAGAGCCAUACAACAAGCUAAUGUAUAAUUAUCUGAAGACAAAAACAACUAAUCCAGAUGUCAAGCUACCUCAAAUUGUUGGUCUAACUGCUUCAAUAAGUGUGGAAAAGGCAGUACAAGAUGAAGAGGCUAUACAAUGCAUUCUCAAAGUUUGUGGUAAUUUGGAUGCAGAAAGCAUUUCAAUUGUUAAAAAGUAUGAAGAGGAAUUGAAGGCAACUGUUCCAGUUCCAGAAGAAAAGAUGAUUGAAUUAGUAGAGAGAGAAAAUGAUAGAGCAGUUACACAGAUCAUAAAAGUCAUGGCCAAAUUAGAAGAUAAGAUUGCAUUUUAUGGUCAAGAAACCAAUAGACCAGAAAUGAAAUCAUCAAUAAGUAAAAUGCCAAUGGACAGAAAAAGCCAACAGUAUGGACAGUGGGCUGUAACGAUAAAAAACAUAGCAAAAUCCAUACCCCGCAAUGAAGUCAAAGAGACCAAUCUAUCAGUCAGAUACAUCAUAAUCAUAGCUGAUUAUUUAGCAGCUUACAAUGUUGCUCUUGAAACACAUGACCUAGUACAACUUGGAGAUGUGUUACAUUAUUUGGAGGGCUGCUUUAUCAAAUAUCGUCUUAAUGAAAAACGCACAACUGGUGAAGAAACAUUUUACAAUCUAUUUGUUGGUAUUAAAGAAAUGCUUGAAAAAAGGAAAGACAACCAGAAUCCUAAUCUUCAAAAACUUCAAGACACUUUAAAAACAUAUUUGAUAGACAAGGGAGAGAAGUCUUGUGGGAUUAUCUUUGUUCGUACCAGGGCAUUAACAGAUGCUUUGACAUCUUGGUUAAAUCGUUGUGAGGAUGAAGGCCUAAGAAAACUUAAAGCUACUGUUUUCACUGGAACAGCUGCAAGUGUUGAUCAGGGGGGCUUGACUCAGACUGAACAAGAGGAGAUAAUUCAACGAUUUAAGACUGGAGAAGUUAGACUGCUUGUUGCAACUAGUGUCGGAGAAGAAGGUUUAGAUAUCCCAGAAUGCAAUUUGGUCAUUAAAUAUAACCAUGUAGGAAAUGAAGUCACAACAGUUCAGACAAGAGGAAGAAGUAGAAAAAUUGGUGGAAUGUCUGUACUAUUAGGAAUGAAAAGAAUCAUAACUAAAGAAAAAAUUAAUCAAGAAAAAGCCAAAAUGAUGAUGAGAGCAAUCAAAGCGAUUUCUGAUAUGAGGCGCUCUUCCAUCAGAAAGGAAAAUAAAGUGCAUCAGCAUCAAAUUCUUCAAGAUGAAGACAUUUUAGAGAUGGUGAGACAACAGGAAGAAUGCAGUCUUAAAAACAAGUCUUUUCAUAUGGUUUGUCAUUUAUGUCGCAAGCUUGUUAUACCUAGUGAUAAAAUCAAAACUAUAUUUGAUACGCAUCGAGUAGUUGUGGACAGAACUAUCCUAAACUCCACAAAAGUGAUACCUUAUAGAAAUGCCAAACAAUUUGAUGAAGUUCAGCUAAUAGGAUCUGUUCGUUGUAUGUCUGAACCAGAGCCUGGUAAACAUUGCAACAGUAAGAUUGGUAGCAUGAUGAUCUUUUCUGGAGUUCCAUUUCUUGUAUUGACCAUCAAGAGUUUUGGAUUUGAUACAAACAGCCAGUUAGGACUUGAGUUUUACAACCAAUGGAAGAAGGUUCCAUAUUUAAUAAACAGAUUAGAGCCAUCUGAUAUUACAAGUUAUUUCCCAAAAAGGAUUGUUGAAAUUAACCCUACAGAUGAAGAAGAUGAAGAUAGUGAUUCAGAUGAUGAUGACAGUGAUGAUAGCAAGGGCAACAAACCACCCCACUUAAAAAAGCACACUACUCAAUCUGGUGGAUCUGUUUCACUUGCAGCGAAUGCCCAGAGUUUAACUGAAGUCAAAAAGGAAUCCCUAGACACAGAUAUUGCUAUAAAUAAAACCAACAGUAAAACAUUACUUAAGAAUUCAACAGAGACAGAAAAUUUGAAUGAUAGUGGUAGAUAUUCUUAUGGUGAUGGCCAAACAGAUUUACCUGUUAAAAGUGAUGCACACCAAAAACUCGAAAGCUUUGAUACAACUGAGCCUAAAUAUGUACCUAAUGUAAGAAGAAACAUUUUGGAGGGAGUGAGUGACAAUGCCUUUCAAGCGCAAAUGCCUGGUAUAGAAUCCUCAAAGCAAAACAAUUAUUCUUCAAAUAAUAUUGAUAAAGCUUUGAAUGAGUAUUCACCUUUCUCUACCAUCAGUGAAAGACCUCUUAUUAUAUCUUCUGGAUGUGGUAUUGGCUCUCCACUUAUUAGCGGUAAAAGUUCAUCCAGUUAUUCUGUCAAUAGCAAUGUUGUAAGCAGUUCAUAUACACAUUCUUCAGGAAGAAGUGAUAACAGAAAUGUAGGUAACUUUGAAGCUCAGACAAGGAUAAAUAACAAUAUACCAUCUCAGUUGAACUCUGGUGAAAAAAGUGUGCAUAGCAGCAAUGAAGAAAACUUACAUUUAAAUGCCAAAUCUAGCAACAUGGAAAACAUUCCAGAGCUCUUGAACCAUAGAUCUGAUCAAAGAUGUUUGGAAAAUAUUGCUGAAGAGAGCAUACAAAGAAAUUUAGUAAGCAGCAGUGAAAACGGUUCUAACAGUAGACUAGCUCAGAUAGGUCUAGAAAGCAGAAGUCCUACUGGUGAGAACGAUAUGAAACCAGUGCAGAGAUAUUUAGAAAGCAGUAAUGAAGAGAGAUUAAAUGAUAGACUAGUUAAAAAAAGUUUAGAAAACAGAAGUGAUCAAAGAGUUGAUGUUAAACCAGUGCAAAGAAGCUUGGAACCUAAUGAGGAAGAAAGAUUUAAUGUUAGACCUGUGCAAAGAAGUUUGGAAACUAAUGAUGAAGAGAGAUUUAAUGUUAGACCAGUGCAAAGACAUUUGGAACCUAAUGAUGAAGAGAGAUUUAAUGUUAGACCUGUGCAAAGAAGUUUGGAAACUAAUGAUGAAGAGAGAUUUAAUGUUAGACCUGUGCAAAGAAGUUUGGAAACUAAUGAUGAAGAGACAUUUAAUGCUAGACCAGUGCAAAGAAGUUUGGAAAAUAGUCAUGAUCACAGUCAAAUAUUUGAACAAUCAGGCGGAGAAGUUCAGAAUUCUAGUCAAGCAGAAAGGGAAGAAACUGAGCCCAAAAGACAAUUGAAUGGUCCUGACAGGGAAGACAGACAAGAUCCUGAGGAUUCCUGUCCACCCUCACGAGGGCUAGGGUUUUUGAGUGACUUACUGUGAUAUUUUACAAAUAUGAGCAUUCUAAAAGAAAUAAAGAGUUUUUAAUACAAAAGUAAAGUUCUCUCUGAGAAGACUUGUUAUGUUUAUAUGUUUUUGUGGCCAGCAGUAAUGAAGGUGUUACUUGGAUAUAUAAUAUUUUUAAAAAUGUCAGGUUCAAUUUUGUUACAUUAUAAUAUUGUUAGUCUUUACAUCCCAGUAAAAAAAAAAGGAAAAAAAAUGCAUUGUUUGUGUAAAGAUAAGUAUACUUUUAUGAUUUGCUGGCUGGGGAUUAGGGAUGAUAAUUUUUGGUUAUGCAAAGAAAGAAAAAUGUUUGAAAAAUUACAUACAAAAUUGCUAAAGAUAUUAUUGACAUAAAGGAUUAAUUUUAUUCUUAGCAACAUCUUGUGCUUUUUAGUUUUAGCUAAUGAAUGUUCAUUUAAACAUCAAUAUUAGCUUAUUGCACUUAGAGUAGAAAAAUUUCCCACCCUACAUGUAUUUUUGUUCAUUUCAGUAAAUUCAACAAAUAUUCAUAACACUCUGUUCUCAUAAAGGUACAUUGAAGAAGUUUACCUUACAGUAUGUUAAAAAUAUUCCUACUGAUUACCAUUUAUUGAUAAUAUGAAACUUCUAUUGUUGAUAAUUUAAUUUAUCAUUUCUGUGAUGCUGUUGUCAGUGUAUUCAUUCUUAUUAUUUUAGUCUAUUUAUUAAAAUGUGAAUUUUUAUCUUGAUAAUUUCAUUUGACCUUUGUUGUGAAUGGCUCCUGAAUGUUUUGAUUUGUGAGAAUAACCAACUUGUAUGGCUCACUGUUUUGUCACAGAAGCUAACCCUAAAACUAAACUAAAAUUAAGGGAAUUCCUAGUACCUGAGGGCAUUAAAAUUUCUUCACAGUAUGAAGAGAUAAACUAAAACUACUCACUGAAUCAAACAACAUGAGGAAUCAUUCAGACUUCAAGCAGGAAGUUAUGGCAUCAAUUAGAACAGAUUGAGAAUGGCUAUCUUAAAAUCUCAUGAACUUAAAUGAACUCUACAUAACAGAAUUGAUAGUUCAGAAAUCGGUUGCCCAUUUGAAGCCCUUAAUGAGUUGUUCAUAUGGGAUAGACUAUUGCCAUUUCUGUUCAAUGACUUGUUUAAGUUCCUGCUUAUGGCAGAAUUGAAUGACACAGAAAAGUUGUUUCUGGUAAUAAGUAAGUUUUAUAAUUGUCAUCAGGGAGAAGAUCUAUUCAAGAAAAAUAAAAGAAAAAGUUUAUUUUGCAACAUCUGCUAACAAUGCAACAUGUAAGCAAAAGAAUAUAAGUGUUACAGUUGUGAAGAAAAUGGUCAUAUGGCGAGACACUAUUUCUGGAGACAAAACCAGAGUAAUAGGACCAGCAGAGAACAAUUUCCUGUCAUGAUUCAGGAUGCUGAGAGUUUUAGGAAAGUAUUUGUGUGGCUCAAAGCUCUGCAUCUUAACUAUGUAGUAAGAAGAAUUCACUAUUUGCUUGUAGGAGAAGCAGUUGAUGAGUUUGAUACUUGUGUUGCUAUAUGCUUUUAGAUUCUAGAUUGACUUCAUCACUAAAAACUAAUUUUGGCUCUUUGAGUAAACCUUGAAGUCCCAUUCAAUUGUUAUCCAUUCAAGUAUACAUUUUUUAAAAUGGUUUUUGAAUGUUGUAGAAUUGAUUAUCAUUUCCAUUUUUCAUACUACCUUCUAUUUCAUUAUGCUCUAUCUUAUGGAAAUAAAAUGUAAUUUGAUGUUCAUAAAACCACCUGUGUGCAUAAGUUAUUAAAAUUAUUACUUUUUAUGUUCCUAACAGUUGUGAUGUAUAUAAAAGAAAUAUGGAUGAAUAAAAAGAUAUACAACACUAAA